GCUUCCCGCCCACAUCCGCGCCACGCGGUACGAUCACCAGCGUCCGGGUACUCUGAUCCGACCAGGCGAAGAGCACCGCGCGCGAGGAUCCGCAAUUCCACGCGCGCCAUGGACACGCCGCAGCUUCUCCUCGGCGCGCUCCUCGUCCUCCUCCCCGCCGCCCUGCUGCUCCUCCGCGCUAGGGGCAGACGCCCACGCCUCCCGCCGGGCCCGCCGUCAAUGCCACUCCUCGGCAGCGUGGUGUGGCUGACCAAUUCGCCCGCGGAGGUGGAGCCCCUGCUGCGGCGCCUCUUCGAGCGGCACGGCCCCGUCGUGUCCCUGCGCAUCGGGGCGCGGCUAUCCGUCUUCGUCGCGGACCGACGCCUCGCGCACGCAGCGCUCGUGGAGCGCGGCGCGGCGCUGGCCGACCGCCCGUCGCUCGCGUCAGUCAGGCUCCUCGGCGAGAACGACAACACCAUCACGCGCGCCAGCUACGGGCCUGUGUGGCGCCUCCUGCGCCGCAACCUCGUCGCCGAGACGCUGCACCCGUCGCGGAUGAGGCUGUUAGCGCCCGCGCGGGCCUGGGUGCGCCGCGUGCUCGUCGAGAAGCUGGGGGAGUCCGGGCCCGACGCGCCGACCCGCGUCGUGGAGACGUUCCACUACGCCAUGUUCUGCCUACUCGUGCUCAUGUGCUUCGGCGAGCGCCUCGACGAUCCCGGGGUGCGCGCGAUAGCCGCCGCGCAGCGCGAGUCGCUCAUCUACCUCUCCAAGAACAUGCCCGUCUUCGCCUUCUUCCCGUCCGUCACCAAGCACCUUUUCCGCUCGCGAUUGGACAAGGCGCUGGCGCUGCGGCGGCGCCUCAAGGAGCUCUUCCUGCCGCUCAUCAACGCGCGCCGGGAGUACAAGAAGCGGGGCGGCGAGCCGAGGAAAGAGACGACGUUCGAGCACUCGUACGUGGACACCCUGCUCGACAUCAAGCUUCCCGAGGACGGCGACCGCCCGCUCACCGACGACGAGAUGAGCAUCCUCUGCUCUGAGUUCCUCAACGCCGGGACAGACACCACGUCUACCGGUCUGCAGUGGAUCAUGGCUGAGCUGGUCAAGAACCCGACCAUCCAGGACAAGCUCUACAGCGAGAUCAAAGCCACCACCGGAGACGACAAGGAGGAGGUAUCGGAGGAGGACGUCCACAAGAUGCCGUACCUCAAGGCGGUGAUCCUCGAAGGCCUGCGCAAGCACCCGCCGGGCCACUUCGUGCUGCCACACAAGGCGGCGGAGGACAUGGAGCUCGGCGGGUACCUGAUCCCCAAGGGCGCGACAGUGAACUUCAUGGUGGCUGAGAUGGGCAGGGACGAGAGGGAGUGGAAGAACCCGAUGGAGUUCUCGCCGGAACGGUUCUUGCCCGGCGGCGACGGCGAUGGCGUGGACGUGACGGGCACCAAGGGGAUCAAGAUGAUGCCGUUCGGCGUCGGACGCAGGAUCUGCGCGGGGCUCGGCAUCGCCAUGCUGCACCUUGAGUACUUUGUGGCCAACAUGGUGCGGGAGUUCGAGUGGCAGGAGGUUCCCGGCGACGAGGUGGACUUCGCCGAGAAGAGCGAGUUCACCAUCGUCAUGAAGAAGCCGCUUCGCCCGCGCCUGGUGCCCAGGAGAAUUCAGAGUACUGCUUCUACUUACUAGUUGUCCAGAAUUACAAUUCAUUAAUAAAGCGAUUCUAAUAUUUCUUGCCUUGGGAUGUAAAUGAAGAUUCAGAGUUCUUCGCUAGUUGUCUAGAAAUGCAAUUCAUCAAUCGUCAGCAGAUAGAUUGUAAUUGUUUCCAGCUUGGUUUCAUCUUCAUGUGGGUUGUGGAUGACUUGUGAAUGGCUGGAAAUUACUAGCGAAACUAAUUAGAAUAACAGAGCUGUUCCUGGAUAACUGAAUUGUUCAUGCCUUGUGUCUUCAGUUAAUCUUGAUUUACUAUUUCCGUGUUGAGCAAUGAGAAGUUUGUAGCAGCUCUGAAAGGUCGUGUAUGUGGAUUAAAUUUCCAGUUAGCAAGCAGAUUCCUUGGUUUCACUAG